UCGGCCACUCCCCGGCGGGCGGCGACCUGUGACCGGCGACCGGCGACCGGGACCGGCGAGCGGGGCCCAUGUCCGCCGCGCCGCCGCGCUCGCCCCCGACGCGGGCCCGCGGGAUGAAGGCGGACGACUCGUUCCUGGGCCGGCUGGGCACGCUGGGGAGGAAGAGGAAGGCCAGGGCGGUGAGUGACCUGCAGGAAGAAGGAAAAAAUGCCAUCAACUCGCCCAUGUCCGCCGCCCUGGACGUCCACCCCGAGGACACCCAGCUAGAGGAGAAUGAAGAGCGCACCAUGAUCGACCCCACGUCCAGAGAAGACCCCAGGUUCAAGGAGCUGAUCAAGGUCCUCCUGGACUGGAUCAACGACGUGCUGGUGGAGGAGCGGAUCAUCGUGAAGCAGCUGGAGGAGGACCUGUACGACGGGCAGGUGCUGCAGAAGCUGCUGGAGAAACUGGCCGACUGCAAGCUGAACGUGGCCGAGGUGACCCAGUCCGAAACGGGCCAGAAGCAGAAGCUGCGGACGGUUCUGGAAGCCGUGCAGGACCUGCUGCGGCCGCACGGCUGGGCGCUGCGCUGGAACGUGGACUCAAUCCACGGGAAGAACCUGGUGGCCAUCCUGCACCUGCUCGUGGCGCUGGCCAUGCACUUCCGGGCCCCCAUCCGCCUGCCCGAACACGUCUCCGUGCAGGUGGUGGUCGUGCGGAAGCGGGAAGGCCUGCUGCAUUCCAGCCACGUCACGGAGGAGCUGACCACGACCACAGAGAUGAUGAUGGGGCGCUUCGAACGCGACGCCUUCGACACGCUCUUCGACCACGCCCCGGACAAGCUCAGCGUGGUGAAGAAGUCUCUCAUCACCUUCGUGAACAAGCACCUGAACAAACUGAACCUGGAGGUGACAGAACUGGAGACCCAGUUUGCAGAUGGCGUGUACCUGGUCCUUCUCAUGGGGCUCCUCGAGGGCUACUUUGUCCCUCUCCACAACUUCCACCUGACGCCGGACAGCUUCGACCAGAAGGUGCACAAUGUGGCGUUCGCCUUCGAGCUGAUGCUGGACGCAGGGCUCAAGAAACCCAAGGCCCGUCCCGAAGAUGUGGUGAACUUGGACCUGAAGUCCACCCUGAGGGUCCUGUACAACCUCUUCACCAAGUACAAGAACGUGGAGUGAGGGGCGCCGGCGGCCGCCCCCACCCAGCCCCGUCCCGCCCAGGCUCCUCAGCCCCUUCGCCUGAAUUACAUCAGCGCUGUGUUAGAGGCCCUGCUGAGAUCCGAGGACGAGCAAGCCCCCUGCGUCCCACCCUGCCACCCUGCGUCCCACCCUGCCACCCUGCGUCCCACCCCGCCGCCCUGCGUCCCACCCCGCGGCCCUGCGUCCCACCCCGCCGCCCUGCGUCCCACCCCGCCGCCCUGCGUCCCACCCCGCGGCCCUGCGUCCCACCCCGCCGCCCUGCGUCCCACCCCGCGGCCCUGCGUCCCACCCCGCGGCCCUGCGUCCCACCCCGCCGCCCUGCGUCCCACCCCGCCGCCCUGCGUCUCCCGGGCUGGGCUCCCCUGGGGGGCAAGGCCGUUCCAGUGCAGUCACGCUGUGCACCUGCAGCCCCACAGGUGACGUGUGUGUCCGCCUGUGGCCCCGGCCCCUCCUGGCACCUCGCUGCUGUAUCACGUGGGGCCUCUGCACACGCACCGGGCCCGGGGCCCAGCCGCCGGCUCCCUCCCUGUGCGCGGUGCGCUGGGGCGGCCUUGGGCUGCUUCUCUGGACCUGGCUCUGGAGUGCACCUGCCGACAGAACCUUCCCGGCUCCUGAGUGGGACUGGGUGCGGCGGGGGACUUGGGAAGAGGGGGUCGUGUGGGUUCCCCGAGGGCCGUGGGUGGCCACGUCUACCAGGAAGUCCGAGGUGGAGGAGUGGGUGCCACUCCUCCCCGCGUGCUGUGCCGGGGCCUGGUCUCUCCUGAGAACCCCGGGCGUGCCCGGUGUGACUCCCCCGCCUGACCUCAUCCUGGUUGUCAGGGCCAGGACCGCAGCCUGGGGAGUUGGGGGGGACCCACGAGGCGGGUGGGCAGCCGGACACGAAGCGUUCGCAUCUUUCUCCCUAGACCCCCAGCAGCCUCUCUGUCAAAGACGCUGGGGCUCGUUUGCCCUGGCUGCCCUGGCUCUGAGGAGGAUCAAGGAUUGCAUCGGCUGCGUGUGCUGGGCCGGCCCCUGGGGCCCCCUUGGCCUUGCUCACCGCCGGCCCCUCCCCCCGCCACAGCCCGGUGCUGGCUAACGUUACGUCGGAUGCCAACACGGAGUUGCAGAGAACACUUGAAUAUGCUCCUUCAGCCCUGUGCUGUUGCCAGGCUGGGGAUGGGUUCAAAAUAGCCUUUUUGACGGAGGUGGCUUUGCCAGCAGGGGCGAGAAAUAAUUAAAACGGUAUUACGGCGGCUCCCGCGGGACGCUGUGACAUUAAAGAGCCACGGUGACAAAAUAUCCGCGGCUCGAACUGCCUGUGCCGUCUGUGCCGCACGCGCACAGACACAGCAACCUGGAGCCGGGCCAGCUCAAGGCCCUGCCUUGCUCACCCCAAGGGUGUGGGGACAGGGACGGGCCUUGGUGUCCGGCUGCGGCGGGCAGCUCCAGCCCGUCCUGUGCCCGCCCGCUCCUGGGUGGGGGGGUGUAGCCUUCCUGGCAGCCCCGGCCUCUCGCCCGCAUCCUGCCCAUCUGUGCUUCGAGGGCUGAGGCGGUGGGGAAGGGAGAUGGGCACGGAUAUGAUCUCUCAUCCAAGUGGCUCCCAGGAGGGCCCCCUCGGGGCUCCCUCACCUCGGAGCUCUGCCUGCACCUCCAGUUCCAGCCGGAGCCCAUGGUGUGGCCGGGGCCGGGCGGAGGCGAGACUCAGGGCCAGCUCUGCUUUGCCCACCCUGAGCAGUGCCAGGGUUCCUACUGGCUCACUCCCCAGAUGGCUGCAACAGCCAGAGCUGAGCCGGGCUGAAGCCAGGGUCUCCCACGUGGGUGGCAGGGCCCCAGGCACUUGGACCGUCUUCUACCACCUUCCCAUGCACAUAAGCAGGGAGCUGGAACGGGGCAGGGCAGCCGGGGCUUGAACCUGCGCUGUGACUGGGGGGCCAGCAUCGCGGGCGGCGGCUUAGCCCUCCCGUGGUUCCUGAUUCGCGGAGGUCCUGGUCCCCUGGCGCCACGUUCUCGGGGGGCUGUUUUUCUCUGACCUGAGGCUGGCUGAAAGCCUCGGGGGUCGGGCAGUGGCGGGGUUCCGCUCGGUCCCUGAGCCAGGGUGCCCACUGGCGUGGAGCUGCCUGCAGCCCUGGAGCCCCCGUGACAACUGGCCAGCGUUAUGCAAGCGCCGAGCGGGGCCCCGCUGUGCCCUCCUUGGCUGCAGCACAGAGCUGUUUUAUUUUUAAGCAACCGAAUCCUCCCCCCAACACCCCCGAGGGCCAGUGUUUUAUUGUCUUUUUAAUUGUUUAAAGCCACGCUCACUUUGGAUUUCUGGAUAUUAAAUAAAAGCCUCUGAAACCUUG